GGCUGAUUUAGCCAUAGCACAUACAGUUACGCUAACAUGAACUCCACAGAAGAUCCUGAUUAUCCACAGCAACUCCUCAAUUAUAGAGAUGGAUUCUUAGUCUCAAAGGUCAUGUUUACAGCAUGCGAGCUGGGAGUGUUUGAUUUGCUACAUGAAAUGGGGGAGCCUCUGACAACAGCAACCAUUGCUUCUCGCUUGUGUGCCAGCGUAGAUGGAACAGAUCGGCUGCUCACUACCUGUGUUGGACUGAAACUCCUGAAUGUUGAAUUGAAAAAUGAUGAAGCUUAUUACUCCAACACUGAUCUUUCCACCACAUAUUUGGUCAAGUCAAGUCCAAAGACAAUGUAUCCCAUGAUGAUGUACUACUCUAACACCAUCUAUAGGUGCUGGCAAUUCUUACCUCAAGCUGUAAGUGAAGGAAAAAACCAGUAUGAAAGAGCGUUUGGAGUAUCUUCAGAAAACCCAUUUAAUGCUGUUUACAGGUCAGAAGAGGAGUUGUUGACAUUUAUGGGUUUUAUGGACUCCCUAUCGACUCUCUGUGGGAAGUACGUGCUUCAAGCUUUUGAUCUCUCCAUGUUCCAUACAGUCUGUGACCUUGGAGGAUGUUCAGGAUCUAUUGCAAAACAGUUUGUGUCUACAUAUCCUGGAUCUACUGUCACUAUUAUGGACCUGCCAAAAGUGAUACAAACAGCUAAUAGAGAUUUCAUAACAGAUAAGGAUCAACAUAUAUCUCUCCUUGAAGGAGAUUUCUUCACUGACCCAAUUCCUGAAGCAGACCUAUUUAUUUUAUCCAGUAUUCUUCAUGACUGGGACAAUGAUAAGUGUAGUCAACUGCUGAAGAAAGCUUAUCAAUCCUGUAGGCCUGGAGGUGGUGUUCUGCUGCUUGAAGUUCUAUUAAAUGAAGAUAAGAGUGGCCCAUUGGUUUCCCAGCUGUACUCACUGAAAAUGUUGCUCCAGACGGAAGGCAGAGAAAGGACCUCAUCUGAAUACACCAAGCUCCUCACAGACUCUGGCUUCAGGGACAUACAAGUGAAAGUAACUGGAAAGCUAUAUGAUGCAAUCCUGGCCAGAAAAGUUGUAUAAUGUUUUUUUCUGUUUACAGAUAUGAUUCUAGAACGUUUCUGUAACAGCCUGGUUGUUUUCUUUCCAGUAUUAAUAUAUUCUUAAAGCAAAUAUACUAUUUUUUUCAUUUAAUAACUUAUAAUUAAUAACAAAUUAAUUAUAUAUAUUUUAAUAACUUCCUUACAAGCUUAUACCCAGGAAUUAUAUAUUUAAAACAUUAGAAUAAUUCUAUUCAAGAAAAAUUGCAUGCAAUGUUUUCAUCAACAAUUGAUCAACAAUAAGCUGUUAGAAAUUCCACUCCCAUGAUACUACAGUCUCCAUAAACAAACAUAUGUGAUGGCUGACCAAGUUUAACUACAGUUACAGCCAUCACUCCACUAUUCCAUCUCCACCAAAUAUAUCAAAUAUAUCUACAGUUAGAAUAGACAUCAGUACAUAAAUCUUAAUCAACACUGUUGUACAGCCAACCAAAACUACAACAAACAGAAUAUUCUGUAUGCUGCCCAGGGGUUAAAGUGAGGGGGAAUGAGGUGGAACGGAGUUCCACCACCUGUAUUGGUAAGGGGAACUAGUUCCACCACCUCCAUUGCCCUGCACAGUAAUUCCAACAGAAAAACCUGCCCUAUCACCUACAUCAAUAGAUGAUGCAGGCUUUGCUAGUGUUUUUCUGAUGAGCUGCAGCCACCUCCCCCUUCCUCAUGUCCUGGUGGCUCCACGGUCCUCCACCAUUUACAGCCCAUCCCUCCUGGUACUUUACACAUGCUGUGUCUGUUGGACAGCAUUCAUCCCCUCCUCAGGUCCCAGUGGUUUCCUUUUCCGGCACAGUGUAUGUGAUGUCAUGCUGUCACCGCUGCUGAUACAGGGCAUGGAGCUGCUGGACGGACACAGGCAGUGAGCUGCGGGAGUGGCAGAGAUGUGUAUAAGGGGCACUACUGUGGCCAUUAUGUGUAUUAGCAACACUACUGUGUUCAUUAUGUGUAAGGGGCACUACUAUUUAGGGCAUUAUGUAUAAGGGGCACUACUACUGUGGUAAUUGUGUAUAAGAGGCACUACUGUGGGUAUUGUAUAUAAGAGGCACUACUGUGUGGCAUAACAUGCCUAAAGGGUACCAUUGUGUAGUGCAAUGUGAAUAAAGGGCACUACUGAGUGAGGUAACCUGAAUAAGGGCCAUUACUAUGUGGUGUAAUAUGAAUCAGGGUCACUACAUGCAGUGUAAUGUAAAUAAGACUGUACUACUAAUUUGAACUGGGGGUACUAACAUGCGCUCACGCUGCUUCUUUGUGAUAUCAAUGUCCCUUUAUAAAGUAUGGAAAGUAGGGCACUAAUUUAUAGUUUGCAGGGAGAUGCUGAAAACACAAGCACUGGCCUUGGCUCCACUUACUGUGAGGGAAGGGGGGGGGGGGUGCGUUAGGUGGUGGGAAAAAUGAGUUCCAUCACCUCUCCAGGACCACUUUAAGCCCUGCUGCUGCCUAUGUAACGAUCACAGUACUACUUCACAAUAAACCAUUAACCUUAAAGCCACCUGUUUCACAUAUUAACCAAUGUACUAUGGGGGUCAUUCCGAGUUGUUCGCUCGCUAGCUGCUUUUAGCAGCAUUGUACACGCUAAGCCGCCACCCUCUGGGAGUGUAUCUUAGCUUAGCAGAAUUGCGAACGAAAGAUUAGCAGAAUUGCGAAUAGAAAUUUCUUAGCAGUUUCUGAGUAGCUCCAGACUUACUCAGCCAUUGCGACCAGCUCAGUCCUUUUCGUUCCUGGUUUGACGUCACAAACACACCCAUCAUUUGCCCAACCACUCCCCCGUUUCUCCAGCCACUCCUGCGUUUUGCAACUCGAACGCCUGCGUUUUUCCGCACACUCCCAUAAAACGGCCAGUUUCUGCCCAGAAACACCCAAUUCCUGUCAAUCACACUAUGAUCAGCACAGCGAUGAAAAAGCUUCAUUAUGCCGUGAGUAAAAUACCUAACUUUUGUGUAAAAUAACUAAGCGCAUGCGCUCUGCGAACCUUGCGCAUGCGCAGUAAGCGACUAAUCGCAGUAUAGCGAAAAUCGGCAAUGAGCGAACAACUCGGAAUGACCCCCAAUGUGUGUAACCAGAUAUGAGGGAGAGGAUAAGAUCCAGGUGUGUUCAGAACCACUGUGUGAGAAAAAGUGACUGAGCUCCUGGUGAGUCACAUAGCAUCUAUUGUACUCCAAACAACAAGUGGUCAGAAUAUUUUGUUUGUAUCCGUGUAACAAAAGCCAAGGUCCUCAUGUCCAGGCCUGUUGAUAUGGUAAUAAACUAGUCCAACCACUUUGUACAACUAUGGAACACACAUAUAUAAAAUAAUGAAUGAUAAAA